CGACUGGAUUACUCCUGAAUCAAAGAGAGAGAGAGAGAAGAGAGAGAGAGCGUGCUCCAUUGCGCACGACUGGAAUGGCGUGGAUUUUGAGAGCACCAAAUGGAUUCAAACUGAAAUAUUCCAGUCCUGAGUAUUUUACUAUUAAGUUAAAUCAUGAUGGAAAUUUAGUUAAGGAAGAUAUGAUGGAGUAUUAUGUAAGUGGUACUGUGAACUACUUUGACUUUUGUGAUAACGAUAGAAUUUCUAGAACUGAGUUGCGAGCAAUGUGUAAGGAAGUUGGUUACGUGGAAGAAGAGUCUUUGUCCUACAGGGUUUGUCAUUUAGAUGGGAAAUGGGUUUUUAACAUUAUCAAAACAGAUAGUGAUGUUACAAGCAUGGUUCAAUCCCUUAAUAAUGACUUGUUGGAAUUGUACUUAGUUAAUAGUCAUUUGGAGGGGUCCACUAGUGUUGAACACAAUAAAUAUGUGGAUGUGGAGGAUGGCCUACUAGAUAUUGACAUCACCAGUUGGGAAUGGGAUUGUGGCUCAUUUUCUCAGGAUAAUUAUACUUGUCUGGAUUUGUCAACUCACAUACCUUCCACUAGACAAAACCCACCACCCGCCAAAGAACCACCUCCCACCAAUGAACCACAACCCACCUCUAGACAAAACCAACCAACCACCACAAGAAGAAGAAGAAGAAGACAUCUUGACCAUGACUCUAAUUCAAAAUCUGAUUUUGAUUUUGAUGUCUUUAUAGACACUGAUUAUGAACUCAGUGAAGAUGAUGAUGCCUUGUUUGAUGCCAAUGUGGAUAAAGAAAUAGAGUGGACUGGUGUGAGGCAGAAAAGGGUUGUUAAAAGUGAUAUCCUCCAUGAUUGUUUGUCUAAAACGGAGUCUGAGGAGAGGGAUUCCUCAGAUGGUUUCAUGAGUUUUGACUCAGCUUCUUCUGAUGAAGACGGGAAAAAAAAGGCAAAGUUUAGGAAAUACAGGCCUGUAUUGGGGAAGGUACAACCUAUUAUAGAGGAAAAAAUGAUUUUUAAGAAUAGGGCUCAAUGUGUAGAAGCAAUCAGGCAACAUGCAAUUGUCAAUGGAAAAGAAAUUACAUUUGAAAAGAAUGACACGGACAGAGUUAGAGCUCAUUGUGCUACUAAUUGCCCAUGGAAGAUACUAGCCUCAAGCAUCACAACUGAUAGGAUAGCCCUUCAGGUUAAGACAUAUAACCCCAACCAUGAUUGUGGCUGGAUGCGGACUAACAAGCUACUGAAUUCAAGUUGGUUGGCAAACACUUAUUUUAAGGAGUUCAAGAUCAAGCCCUCAUGGCCUCUCACUGAAAUUGUGGAACAAGUAAUGGGGGAUUUUAAUGUGAAAAUAUCAUCAGGGAUGGCAUUCAAUGCUAGGAGGAAGGCAACAAAGAAAAUGGAGGGUUCUUAUGUUGAGCAAUAUGGGAAGUUAUGGGAUUAUUGUGGAGAGAUGGUUAGAACAAAUCCAGGGACCUCUGUAUACCUGCAUUUUAAGAAAGAUAUGGAUGGAAUAACCACUGAUAAGUUUGAAAGGAUGUACAUUUGCUGGGCUGCAUUAAAGAAGGGGUUCAUUGAGGGUUGUAGGCCUAUCAUUGGAGUAGAUGGUUGUCAUUUGAAAGGCCCCCAUGGUGGGCAAUUGUUGGCAGCAGUUGCCAUAGAUGGGAAUAACCAGAUAUAUCCAGUGGCUUAUGCAAUGGUUGAGGUUGAAGAUGAGGCAAGUUGGAGUUGGUUCUUGGAGCAUUUGAAGAAUGAUCUUGAGAUACCAAAUGAACCAACAUUCACAAUCAUUUCAGAUAAACAAAAGGGGCUGAUCAAUGCAAUCAGUAACUUGUUGCCUGUGUGGAACACAGACAUAGUGUUAGGCAUCUACACAGCAAUAUGAAGAGAGCUGGCUAUACCGGUCAAGCAGUUAAAGAUAGGUUGUGGAGUCUUGCUAGAGCUACCUAUAUAGGGAGGUUUAAAAGCCUAAUGGAAGAGUUCAAGAAAGAGGAUGGGGCAGCAUUCAAGUGGCUUGCUAAGCAUGAUGCCCACCACUGGUCUAGGUCUCAUUUCAGUGAGGCUCCCAAAUGUGACAUACUCUUGAAUAACCUAUGCAUCCCUUGUGCACAUGCACCUGCUAUCUUUAGGGAAUCAAAACAGAAAGUUCAAGGCAUUGUGCAUGACUACUACCAGAAGCAAGCAUACACCAACACCUACAAGCAUGUG